CUUUUAAAUAGAAGCAAAAGCGAUUUUUUCUACUUUUACGCUGUGCCAGUGUAUGUCUGUGUGUGUGUGCGUGCGUGAGAAAAAAAUAUAACCAACCAACAACUUCGCAGGUCGUUCGUAGUUGUUGUUGUUGCAGUUACAUUGUUGUUUUUGUUGAUUUUUGCUGGCGAGUGCAGAAAAUUUGGAGGAAAACUAAAACGAUAAUUAAAACUAAAUCGUAUAAAUCUCCGCAUAGCCGCAAUUCGAUUACAUAUAAAUCACACACACAAGUCUAUCCACAUCCAAACGUACAUACAUACAUACACAGAUGGCAGUACAUAUACAAAGGGCGCAACGUAAAAAUUAUACAGACAGUUUUUUGCCUUAAAAUGGACAAUACUGCUGGCCAGUAUGUGCGGAAGAAACUCGCCUGACAUGGAUGCAUGGAUCAAAAGUUCGCUGUAAAUAGAUUAGGCAGAUAGAUUAACAAUGAAAACUAUAACGCCGGAUACGACGACGACGACGUCGCAGCACCAACAACUUCUCAUUCCACAAGCGGAUCAGCAUCACCAGCCGAUGCUGCAGCAGCAGUCUCUGUUGGCCGCUCCACCGCCUCCCAUAAUAAUGGAGCACGUGAAUCUGGUGGACGACGACGAGAAGGAUCCGCUUGCGCUGGAGCAGCUGGAGGUGUCGCCCUCUACCAAGCACACGCACAGUCUGAGACGCCACCUGCCACGCAUUAUCGUGAAACCCAUACCACCUGAGAAGAAGCCUAUGGCGCCCAGUGAAGAGCCAGCCGUUAAUCCUGCUUCUGCUCCGCCCCCGCGAUUGAUCUGCAGCCGACGCAUUCAGCAACAGCAACAGGUCAAAGCGGCAGCUGCAGCGGCAGCGGCGGCGGCAGCAGCAGCGGCUGCAGCGGCGGCGGCCACAGCUCAAGCUCAAGCCGCCGCCAACUAUCCAUCCGCCAUCUCACCUGGUAGCAAGGCCGGCUCCUCGCAAGCUUCGACCAUGCGGGAGGUCCUAGCCUCAAUACCCGGCUUUAGUGUUAAGCCACGUCGGAGGAGCAAUAAAAAGCUGACGACAGCGGCGCAAAUUGAGCAAACAAAAGAUGGCAAGAUCGACCUGGAGACCCCCGACUCCAUACUCGCAUCCACCAACCUUAGGGCGCUGUUGAACAAGCAAACGUUCUCGUUACUGCCGCCCCUCUAUCAAUACAAUCUCAUACAGCUGCUGCCCAGCGUGGAUCGCGAGGCGAGCGAGCUGGAGCUACCCAGCGGCAGCGGAAGUGGAGGCAGCUCCUCGGAGGGUAUAAGGCUUAGUGCCUCCUGCCUGAACAACGAGUUCUUUGCCCGAGCCUGCCUGGAAUGGCGGGAGCGGUUGAGCGAAGGUGAAUUCACUCCCGAGAAUCAGUUAAAGUUGAAAACAGAGGCAGAGCGCGAGAAGAACAAGCUGGAUCCUUGGAAACUGAAGCACUUUGAGCCCUUCUGGGGCGAAAAGAACGCCAGGAGCAAGGCUAAGACCGAAGGCGAUGGCAAGGACCAGAAGCCUUCGGUUAGCGUUAAGAGUGAGCCCAAACCACCAGCAACAUUGCAACAAAAACCACAGCAACAACAAGCAACAUGUGAUAAUGAGACUGAAUUAAAAUUUGAUUUGAGCACAAAGUGCGAAACGACAGCAGCAACCACAAAAACUACAGUAGCAACAGCAGUAGCAGCUAAAUCGAGCGCUCCGUCUGCCACCAGCAGCCAGAGUAAUGUGUUAAACGAACAACAACGCCGAAUCCUCAAACGUCCAUCGAGCAGUCCUUCGCAACGCAAGCAGGCACCCACAACGAUAGCCACCAUAACUUUGGACGACGAUCCCGACGAGCUGCCAAGCACAUCGAAGGAUAGCAAGCAGCCGAAGAUGAUCGAAAUUGUUCCUAAUGCGUCAGGGUUUGUUGUCGCUACCCCAGCAGCUGAUGUUGUGGAUAAUGCCGCAAGGGAUACAGAAAGCAAGGAGGAGCAAAAGCACAAUCGCCAACAUCAGCCACUUAUCAACAGUACCUGUGAUAGAUUUGAGCCAUCUGAGCAGUGCAGUGAGGAAGUGAUCGUUGCCAUGAAAAGAACGGAAGAUGUAGAAGUGGUGCCGCCUGCUGCUACUGCAGCUGCCAAGCCAGCGAUUGCUGUUGUUACCCCACCUGCACCAAAGCCGGAACAUUUGGUAAACAACCCGGAGGUGGUCAACCACUUUGUGAGCUACUUGCAAAGCGUUGAACUAGCAGCUGACACCAAAGCCCCUUUGGAAAACUCAACUGAGGCAGAUGUAAGGACAGGAACAAACAGCCAUGAUUUUGUAUUUGCAGAUACCAUUGAUCACGCCUAUUUCCAAGACCAUCAAUCAGCCAUCAAUCACAAUUACUUCACUUCAUCGUCAUCGUCCAACACAGCGACAACUGCAGCCAUUAAACUGGAAGAGCAAUGUGGAAAGCUGGAGGACCUACCGAUGCCCAUUGCUAGCUCUAUUUCUGGGUCGACGCCGGCCAGUUCGAUUACAUCCACCAGCUGCACAUCAUCCUCAUCCUCCACCGCUUCGAUGUCAUCUUCGUGCUCCAGCAGUAAUUCGGGUUCAACAACAACGGCGCCCACGACAUCAUCGUCGGUCGGGGCGGGGGCAGCCACAACUCCAUUGACCCUGGCGGCAGCAGCCGAAACCACUUUGGCCAAUGUCCAAGCCAUGCUCUCAACGGUGGCCAAGUUGCAGCAACAACAGCAAGAGCAACAGGAAUUGCCCAUGGAGUUGAACUCCAAUGAAAUGUACCAGCAUGUGCAGCACGAUUGGAACUUUGGCGACAUUAAGUUGAGCAGCUCGCAAUCAACUGGAGAUCAGCAGCGCAGUUUAAACCAUGAAUCUAUCGAUCUGAUGGAUGUAGUGCAGGAUGCCGACGUCAUCGACGACAUCAUGGAUAACGAUGUGUGUCAUGAAGUUCUUGAUGACGACGAGGAGGAUGACGAAGAGGAGGAGGAAGACGAUGAGGUGGUGGAAUGCAUUACGGAGGAGCAGCAGGAACAGCAGCUAAUGGAUGAGGACAAUGAAGCGGUGCGCGAGAUAGUGGACAAACUGCAGCAACACCAACAGCAACAGGAACAACAGCAGCAACAGCAACAUCAGCAAUUGCAUAUCCAGGAUGUGGUCCAAUUGGCUCAGCAUUCGUUUAUGCCGCAAGCCCACAGCGAAUAUGGAAAUGAUAUCGCCCAGGAGAUGCUCUGUGACGCUGUCCCAAUGUCUGCUGCCGAAAUGGAGGUAUCCAGCACUGUGAUCACCAACAGUAGCAAUAGCAACGACAGCAGUAACAAUAUGAGCAGCAUUUGCAGUAGCAGCAACAGUCUCACCAUCAAUCAGCUGCCGCAGCAAUCUGCGCAACAGCAGCAGAGUCAACAGAACACUCAGCCAAGUGCACCACAACAACGCCAGAUUCUUGUGGAUUCCAAUGGUCAGAUAAUUGGCAACUUUUUGCUGCAACAGCAACGCCAGCAGCAGCAGCAGCAGCAACUUCUGCAACAGUUCACACUUCAAGCGGCUGCCGCUCAGCAGCAACAGCAGCAACAACAGCAGCAACAACAACAACAACAGCAAGCAACAAGUAGCAAUGCCUUGCCCAAGACAUUGCCGGUGGCCCUUCGCAACGGAGCACAACAGUUCUUGUCGCCCAACUUGUUGGCCCAACAACAACAUCAGCAGCAGCAACAACUGGAGCAGCAACAGCAGCAGGCUGCUGCGCAUCAGAAACAGCACCAAAUUCAGCAGUUUGCCCUGCAACAGGCGCAACUACAUCAGCGACAAUUGCUGGCGCAAGCAGCCAACAACAAUCUGAUGCAGCAGCAGCAACAACAACAGCAGCAAAAUGUUGUGCCUGCCACCACACAGGCUAAAUUCAUAGCCAAACCAUUAAAUAUCAUCUCCGUGACGCGACCUGCCAAUGCAUCGCCUACCACAGCAGCAACAACAGCAAAUACCGCAACUAUUCCGUCCGCCUACGCCAAUGUUGUUGCUGUGACAGCCGCGCAACAGCAGCCAUCGCCGCCAGUACCUGCCCCGCCACAUCAGCAGCAAACCUCGCAGCAGCACCAACAGCCGCUGCUGAGCAAUCACAACAGCAACAUGCAGCAGCUGCCCACGAUUCCCAAUGUUCUGACGAUGAAAACUCUGCCGCCCUCGGGAGUGCCAACCACAAUUGCCCAGCAACGAUUACAGCCCAAGAUGCCAACGGGCAAGGGUCGCAAGGCCACCAGCAACCGGUUGCCACCGGGUGCGGUCAAUCUGGAGCGUAGCUAUCAAAUCUGCCAGGCAGUAAUUCAAAACAGUCCAAAUCGCGAAAACCUCAAGGCUCAACUGCGCCCACCAGCAGCGAUACUCCACCAGCAUCAGCAGCCGACGGCGACAACGGCGGCAACACCUGUCAACCCUGUGGCCCUAAAUGUCUCAACCGUGGCAGCCACACCCAUGUCCAACAUGACAACGGCCAGCGGGAGUGUGGCCGCAGCCGUGGCCGCGGCUCCAGUGCAGAAUGUUUUGAAGCAAGAGGAGCUUUUGGUCAGCGGAGCAGUUGGAGCCGGAGCACUGCCAGCUGGACUGCCGCCGAAUGUGAUGGGUGUCGGUCGUCCGGGUGUAUAUAAGGUUAUUGGUCCCAGAAUGAGUGGUUUUCCGCGAAAGAAAUAUGUUCAAAGGAAGCCCUCGCCCACCACGCUCAUUCGGCAUGUUUUCAGUCCCGGACCCGGAGGAGCUACAGCUACCCCCCAACAGUUGCAGUUGCUGCAGCAGCAUCAUCAGUCGGCCACACCGCCAGUGCCGGUGCAAAAUCCCCAGCAGGUGGCCCCGGAGCCAUUAAUCCACCAGAAUGGCAGCGGUCAGUAUGUGCUGGUGCACCGGGCCAAUGUGGGUGCAGCUGACAACCAAGCGCCUAGAGCCUCAAGUGCCCCACCGUUGCAUCAAAACCAGUUUGUCACCGUUCAGAAUCCGCUGCACAGCAUGAAUGGCAUUCCCAUGGGAGGACGCGGGCGUCCGGCAUCGGUGGACACGACAGCGGGCAGCGGCAGUGUUAUGCCGCCAACCAUUUCCGCCACAGAUGCGUUGCAUCAUCAUCACCACGAGCUGCAGCAACAGCAGCAUCAGCAGCAGCAGCAGCAGCAAAGUCAACAGCCGCAGCCGCUGGGCAAUGUGGGCGCCGCCGCGAAUAUUGUGCGGCGCAAUAUCGCUGCAGGGGCCAACAUCGCCUACAUCGACGGCAGCAAUACCAACUCCUCAGCCGUCGCUCUCAUGGAGGCUGGGAACAACUAUAUAGUGACCACCAACGCAACACCAGCUGCAACUCCCUCGCCCAGCAACCCGCAGCAACAGUCGCAGCAAUCCGCGCCGCAGCAUCAGCAUCCAAUGCUGCAGUUGCACCAGAGUGGGGAGAACACCCCGCCAGGCAAUGAGGCCACAGCGACGCCAAGCAAUUGCGCCUGCUCGAUGAACGCGAUGGUGAUCUGCCAGCAGUGUGGAGCCUUCUGCCAUGACGACUGCAUCGGUGCGGCCAAGCUGUGUGUCGCCUGCGUGAUCAGAUGAGAUGGAUAACGUAUUGUAGUUACUUAGAUAACCGUAUCUUUAGACGAUCCCAGUAGAGAGAUACCUUAUGUUUGAAUUGUGAACUAUACCAAUCAAAGAGCAAAGACGAAUACCAAUUGUACAACAAACAAAUGAAAACAUCUCAAGUGCAGAGGCUUACGCACAGACGCAGCAAUGGCAACCAUACAUAAAUGUAUAUUAUAAUUCAUUUGCAAUUCAUGUAAACUAAGCAAACAAACUGGCAAUUCGUAACACUUUUUGUAUAAAGAUAGGAAGGAAAGAGGAGUUAAGCCUAAAAUGCAAGCUAGUGUUGUGUAUUUUGUGCUUGUUGCAUAUCCCUUAAGAUACUCGUUGUUUUUUGUGAUUGUUUAAGGAUAUCACAAGCACUCUAAAAUGAAACAAUAGAAUUCAAUUUAGAUUUUAUCAUUUGAAUUACAGCAGAGCAAAUAUAAUCGAAGGCAAAAGUAAAGCAUCUAAAACUAAAGAAACUAAUUAUAAUGUAAAUAUUUAUGUUUAAAGUGUAACAAUAUGAAGUACAUACGAGAAUAGGUUAGCAUAUGGACUCACUUACGUCUGAUGACUAUAUUUUUAUAAUUUAUUCGCUGUGUGUGUGACUUGGUUGGUUCGAUUCAUGAAUAUACGAACUUGAUCAAUAUACUUAUUGCUAGAUAAGUGUACUUUAGUUUACUGUGUAAUUUAUGAAAUAUUCAUAAUGUAUUUUGAAAACGCUUGGGCCCAGCGCUUAGGCUUUUAUUUCUAAUUAUCUAAGUUUAGUAUUAUCCACCCAACAACACACCCACACAUACACACUCACCCAAGCGAUCUAAGACUCUCCACGCCCACAUUUCUUUAGCAUGUAGCGCAUAAACGUAAAUGUAAUACACGUAAUUGAUUACAAAACGAGACCCUAUAUAUUAAGCUAAAACUGUUGAUAAAUACAAAAAUACAAUGCAAAUUAUAAAAAAGAUGAGUAAACAAAAACUAUAAACGGAAAAAAUGAAGACAGUAUGAGGAACCUGUAUGAAUUAUAUCCAGUAAAUCAACAGCAACAUCAUCAAGAAACGAUGGCGUGACAAAACCAAAACCAAAUUCAAAAACAAAACCCUAAACGAAGAACAGAACAUUUUGCUCCUAGAUGCACUCACCGCAAAAUUAACCAAUAAAUAAACAUUAUUACAAAUAAAUUUGAAACCAAGAAAGUAA